AUGCCCUUUGCCGUCGACCAGGCCGAACUCGCGUGGAGCAGACUGCUGCGCUCCCUCGAACGGGAGCCAGGUCCCUUACACAGCACCCAAGAAGCAUUUACUUUUAUUAUCAUACUACUCUUCCCAUUCGCAAUCCAGUAUUAUGUUGAACUCUUUAUAAAUCACCGCCUAUGUUUCGACAAAAAAUCUCGACGGGUCCAAUGCUCCUCCGGCCUUGUCAUUCAUCAAUAUCACGAUCGGUGA